CCAUGAGCGACUGACUCUGCACCCGGCUGCACCACAGGGCUGAGGUGGGAAUCGGGCAAGCAGCGCGGGUCUGAGAUAAACAAGCAGCUCCACUCAUGCUGGCUGAUCGCACUUUCUCACCAGAGGUGAACUUAAACCUUCACAUUCAUGAUUCAUGACUUGCUCACCAAGAGCAGAUUGGUGGAUGCAUCUCUGCUGCUGCAACUCGCAGACUACUUGAGAAGAUUCGUAGGCUCGAGACUACCGAGUCGUUCGCUGCGCCAAAAAAACCGGUACACACCUUUGUCUGACCCAGGCAUCCCAGCCCGCCGAGCGCUGCGAAGGGUUCUCAAGGGUCAUGCGGGCGGGCCUUCGAGGUACUGAUUACUGAAGAUAGCCCAUCUUCAAGCAUACCGUACACGAGACGAAGUUGUGGACAGAAUCCGCAAGAGCUCAGACCGCAUCUCCUGCACGCCUUGUGCCCUCAAAAUCAGGAGGGAGGAGUAUACAGCGAGCGCAACCUUA